AUGUCGUUCCUAGGAUUCGGAGGAGGGGCUCCCCAGAUCUCUUCAGAGCAGAAAAUCCAGGCCGCUGAGGCCGAGCUCGACAUGGUCACCACCAUGUUCAACCAGCUCGUCGACUCGUGUCACAAGAAGUGUUUUGACAGAAACUACGCCGAAGGAGACCUGACCAAGAACGAGAGCUUGUGCAUCGACAGAUGUGUUGCCAAGUACUUCGACGCCAACGUCAAGGUGGGCGAGAGCAUGCAAUCAUUGGGCAAGAGCGGAAGUCUCAACAGGAAAUAA